AUGCGAAAAUAUUUGCUGAAUCUUCUUGCUACUCUUUUUGUCUUUGUGUCAUUCUCCAAAGUUGCACCUUUUGCUAUCCCAAAACCGUUUGGCUGCAAAAAUUCGUUGAUUUCCGACGACUGGCGAACGGCAGUUUUAAAUUUCCAUAACGAACACCGCAGAACGGUGGCAAUGGGAGAACAAACCUGUGAUAAUGGUACAAAAACAAUGCCUGUGUCAAAAAAAAUGAACGAAUUGGUUUGGGAUUGCGACCUAGAGCAUAAUGCUUGGCUGAACCUUUGCGACACGAAUAUCGCUGUAGAUCCAAGUUACACAACGACGGACGAAGCUGGUAUCGCCGCGAAGGGGGAAUGCAACAUAACCGAGAAAGCAGUGGAUGUCCUUCAACAGUGGUGGAAUGAGGCGACUACGCAGAAGCUAGGGACAGCAAAAUACAGCGCAAAGAUUAAAAAUUUCGGGAAGAUGGCACUUGGUGAAGUCAGAGGGUUUGCAUGUACUUAUAGAAAAUGCGAUGGAACUCAAGACAACAAGUUUAUCUGCAUUUAUGACAAAAAACCGGAAAACGGCAAAACGUUGUACUCGUACGCGAAAACAGACAAAGACAAGGUAUGCAGUGACUGCCCUUUAGCAUCCUGUCAAGCAUAUCUGUGUCAGUAUGAAUAUGCGGGAGCCACUAAUGCGAAUCCUCAGCCAACUUGCAAAGAUGAUGGAAUGACGUACGACAUGCAAGUGAUGGCUGAGAAUAUGCAUAACUACUACAGAAGGAUCACCGCAACAGGGUGGGCACAGGACAAGAGCGGAUACGCCCCGAGAGCGAAAAAAAUGAAUGCAUUGAAGUACAAUUGCGAUCUCGGGAAAGCAUCAGUGGAUUUGAUCGACUGUGAUAACCCUACCUACGAAACUGCGACGGGACCUUUGAAUUACAGGAAGUUCGAGCACACUGUUACUGUCGAAAGCGCUCUCAAACAGGCGAUCACUGGAUGGUUUGACGAGCUUAAGGAAGUCGACGUUGAUGAUGAAGCAAAAUACACAGCUGAUGUGAAGAGAAACGCAAAGGACUUCGCUAAUAUGGUAGUUGGUGAUGCUACUAAGGUUGGUUGUGCAGCAAAACAAUGCUUGAAACAAGGAUUCACGGCUGCAGUGUGUAAAUACGAUAAAGAGCCGCAGAUUGAUACUGCAAUGUACGAGGUCGGAAAUCCAUGCUCCGGUUGCACCUGUGAUCCCCUCGCUAUCGAGAAAAUGAGAAUUACUCCACCUUCAACCGACGUCACUGAUUACGUCUUUUUAAAGAAUCCUAGUUCUCUUAGCAAAACAAAAGGAUGCUACUAUUGUUGGUCAGGGCGACUGCGACGCAUUACUGGCAUCGAAAUGGAGGAAGAGGAUCGUCUAGUCUAA